AUGAUGUCGUACCUGAAAGUAAUGAUCAUAUGGAACAUACUUUGCAUAUCCCUGGUGCUCCUUUCUCUGUCCUUGAUUCAAGAAGUGUCUUCUCAAGAUGUGUCGAGCUGUACAGGGAGAUGUGGGGCAGGGUAUUCUAGAGAGCAUGACUGCCAGUGUGAUUUUAACUGUCACCACUACAUGGAGUGCUGCCCUGACUUCAGGAAAGUCUGCACAGUGGGACUCUCCUGUGAAGGACGGUGCUUCGAAGCCUUCGAGAGGGGACGGCAGUGUGACUGUGAUGCCGACUGCGAACGGUACGGCAAGUGCUGUCCAGACUACGCCAAGCACUGCAAAGAGGCACACACAGAAAAGCCAGCCCCGGAGACUCCCCCCGAGAACAAAGCAACAUCUAAAAGGUCAUCCACCGAGGAGGAAAAGCCGCCCGAGGAAGCUGUGGAAGAUCCUGGCACUGGACUGGAAAACCCAGAGACCACUCCUGCUCCGACUACAGAACCGGCAGAGACAACCCCUGCAGCCACAGAGCCACCGACUACCCAGACAGACCCGCCCACCACCCCAAAGGAACAGGACACAACCCCUGAGGCCACUGAGGAACCAGUCACUGAAGAAGACCCUCCCACCACGGAGAAGCCAGAAGAUAUGACCCCUGAUGCCACCGAGGAACCAGUGACUGAAGUGGACUCUACCAACAUCCCCCCAACAGAAGAUGCAACCCCUGAGGCCACUGAGGUGCCAACAACUGAGGCUGAAUCUCCCACCACCCCAAAACCUGAAGACACAACCCCUGAGGCAACUGAGGUGCCAACAACUGAGGCGCCAACAACUGAGGCGCCAACAACUGAGGCGCCAACAACUGAGGCGCCAACAACUGAGGCUGAACCUCCCACCACCUCAAAACCUGAAGACACAACCCCUGAGGCAACUGAGGCACCAACAACUGAGGCACCAACAACCGAGGCACCAACAACCGAGGCACCAACAACUGAGGCUGAACCUCCCACCACCUCAAAACCUGAAGACACAACCCCUGAGGCAACUGAGGCACCAACAACUGAGGCACCAACAACCGAGGCUGAAUCUCCCACCACCCCAAAACCUGAAGACACAACCCCUGAGGCAACUGAGGCACCAACAACUGAGGCUGAAUCUCCCACAACCUCUAAACCUGAGGAGACAACCCCUGAGGCCACAGAGGCACCAACAACUGAGGCACCAACAACUGAGGCACCAACAACUGAGGCACCAACAACUGAGGCACCAACAACUGAGGCUGAAUCUCCCACAACCUCUAAACCUGAGGAGACAACCCCUGAGGCCACUGAGGCACCAACAACUGAGGCUGAAUCUCCCACCACCCCAAAACCUGAAGACACAACCCCUGAGGCAACUGAGGCGCCAACAACUGAGGCGCCAACAACUGAGGCGCCAACAACUGAGGCGCCAACAACUGAGGCGCCAACAACUGAGGCGCCAACAACUGAGGCACCAACAACCGAGGCACCAACAACCGAGGCACCAACAACCGAGGUUGAAUCUCCCACCACCCCAAAACCUGAAGACACAACCCCUGAGGCAACUGAGGCACCAACAACUGAGGCACCAACAACUGAGGCUGAAUCUCCCACCACCCCAAAACCUGAGGAGACAACAACUGAGGCAACUGAGGCGCCAACAACUGAGGCUGAACCUCCCACCACCUCAAAACCUGAAGACACAACCCCUGAGGCCACCGAGGCACCAACAACUGAGGCUGAAUCUCCCACCACCCCAAAACCUGAAGACACAACCCCUGAGGCAACUGAGGCACCAACUGAGGCUGAAUCUCCCACCACCCCAAAACCUGAAGACACAACCCCUGAGGCAACUGAGGCUGAAUCUCCCACCACCCCUAAACCUGAAGACACAACCCCUGAGGCCACCGAGGCACCAACAACCGAGGCUGAAUCUCCCACCACCCCAAAACCUGAAGACACAACCCCUGAGGUCACCGAGGCACCAACAACUGAGGCGCCAACAACUGAGGCGCCAACAACUGAGGCUGAAUCUCCCACCACCUUAAAACCUGAAGACACAACCCCUGAGGCAACUGAGGCUGAUUCCCCUACCACUCCUAAACCUGAAGACACAACUCCAGAGGAAUCCACAACCAAGGCAGACUCCCCCCCCACCCCUAAACCUGAAGAGACAACCCCAGAGGAGCCAACAACUAUGGCUGAUUCCCCUACCACUCCUAAACCUGAAGAGACAACUCCAGAGGAAUCCACAACCAAGGCAGACUCUCCCACCACCCCCAAACCUGAAGAGACAACCCCAGAGGAGCCAACAACUAAGGCUGAUUCCCCUACCACCCCUAAACCUGAAGAGACAACUCCAGAGGAAGCCACAACCAAGGCAGACUCUCCCACCACCCCUAAACCUGAAGAGACAACCCCAGAGGAGCCAACAACUAAGGCUGAUUCCCCUACCACCCCUAAACCUGAAGAGACAACUCCAGAGGAAGCCACAACCAAGGCAGACUCUCCCACCACCCCUAAACCUGAAGAGACAACCCCAGAGGAAGCCACAACCAAGGCAGACUCCCCCACCACCCCUAAACCUGAAGAGACAACCCCAGAGGAGCCAACAACUAAGGCUGAUUCCCCUACCACCCCUAAACCUGAAGAGACAACUCCAGAGGAAGCCACAACCAAGGCAGACUCUCCCACCACCCCCAAACCUGAAGACACAACCCCAGAGAAAACAACAGCCAAGGUAGACUCCCUCACCACUCCCAAGCCUGAGGAGACAACUCCAGAGGAAGCCACAACCAAGGCUGACAGCCCCUCCACCCCUAAAACAGAGGACACAGUCUCUCCGACCACCCCUGCAGCCCCCAAGGCUGACACCACCGUGGUACAGACAACAACACCCACUGCAGUGACAACCUCUGCCCCCGGAUUAGUCUCAACUGCUGACAAAGACACAGCAGCUCCCAGCAGUGCUGCAGCCACUACAGCUGGGAAGGACACUGCCACACCUGGAGCAGACACAAUGCUUUCAGAUACCACAAUGGAGAUCAAGGAGGUAACAACACCCAAGAAAGACAGAACUACUCUGCUCAAAGACAUUUUAACAGCCACAAUUGGGAAAGACUUGGCUACUGUAGCUGUGGUGACAACAGCUAAGCCAGGUGACUCUCCUAAAGGUAUGGAUGACAUUCCAAAUGCAGCCAAGCAACCUGUCACUGCAGCAGCUGCAUCAGAAGCAACAACAGCAGCCACAGCUCCCUUGCCCAAGCCCGCAACCACCAAAGCAGAGUCAACUCCUGAACCCAGCAAGGUGGUAACACCCAGUGAAAAAGAGACAAGUACAGAAGUGGAGCAGGCUGCAGCAGCUCCAGAGAGCGCAGGUGCUACUUGUGUGGUGGUGAUGACAGCAGCUGGCAAAAAAGAGGUAACAACCACCAAAGAAGUGAGCACCACACCUGGCAGAGAACUGGAACAGGUCACUGAAAAGGCCCCUGGUACUGACAAAGCAGAGGUAACUACAGUUGCCAAAGAAACCACUACCAGGGAUAAAAAAGACACGAUAGAAGAAAUGUAUCUUGUUUCUAACGGGACAUCCAAGCCAACAAUACAUUUCCAGGAGGUCACUGAGAGCAGAGAGGAGCCUCAUCCAACUGAGCCUGAAACUCUGCCUGUGAAAGAACCCGAGAUAAACAAGCCUUUAAUGCCAAUUGGGGACCUGCCAAUGUUACCUGGAGAAACACAAGAGAGGAAGGACGACGAGAAGGACCUGUGCAGCGGGAGGCCGGCGGACGGCAUGGUGGCCCUGCCCAACGGCACCCUGGCCGUCUUCCGAGGUGAGUACUACUACUGGCUGCUGAACGGCAAGCCGCGAGCACAACCCCGCGCAUCAACCGACGGCUGGGGAAUCCCCCCGAUCGACUCCGUCUUCAGGUGCAACUGCGAUGGAAACUUCUUCAUCAAGGGCCCCCUGUACUGGCGUUUCACUAAUGGAGUUAUGGAUCCAGGCUAUCCCAAACCUCUUGCCAAUGGAUUUGCAGGGCUAAGUGGGAGAAUAGUAGCAACCUUACCUGUGGCAAGAUUCAACAACAGACCAGAAUCUGUUUAUUUUAUCAAGAGAGAUGGGAACAUGCAGCAGUAUGUGUACAGACAAGAACCAGCCAAGAAGUGUCAGAGAAGAGCACGGAUUACCAUCAGAUACCCAGCUUUUGUGCCAAGAGUUGUCAUCCGGAGGCGCUUCCAACGUGCCAUGCGAAUGCCGACCAUCAUCCGGACUGUCAGAGUCAACCCGCACCCCACUGGAGUUCUGCGCAAGGAAAUCCGAAUGCAAACCUACUGGAGAGGCCUCCCCAAAGUUGUCCACUCAACUCUUUCCAUACCCAACCAGAACAAGCCCGAUGGCUACGAUUACUAUGCCUUCUCUUACAAUCGGUACUACAGUUUGGAUAUUGGCAAAAGAAUAGCAAGACCUGUUACUGCUCUCACAGGAAAGACUGUGUCCAAAGACUGGUACAACUGUCCCAGCAAGUGAUGCACAGCAGAGGAUUUUAAAAAAGAGAUGCCAUUUGAACGUCACCAUUUUUUCUAAUUUUAUUAAUAAAAGACAAUGAAAUGUGUGCACACAACUCUAAGUAUGAAAUGCUGCUUUAAGCUCUGGCUUCAUUACACUAAAGCAACCACAGGCAAACUGGCACUUUGUAUACACAGCUGGAAUUACUUUACAGAUCGUUCAACUAAUGUUUCCUCUGUUCAGGCCUCCUCUGCCUCCCAUGGCAUGAGUUACACCUGUGUUGGGAAAGAAAACAAAGGCAUUAAAGGAAUGAAAGGAUUUAGAGUUAAUCAGCCAUUGUGACAAUUCAUCCUUCCCUAAGGAACGGCCACUGCAGAGGAGCAGAUCCUUUCUGACUGAGGUCAAGUUCCCCUCUCUCCCCUGAGCCUGGUGACACACAGGUCACCUCUGUCAUGUAAAAGGAAGGGGCUGACUAUCCUGUGCUGGGUGCUGAAAGAACCAGCAGAGAAUUCUUACCACACCUGAAAUCAGCUGUUGUUGUUGUUGUUAUUAAAAUUAUGGUGACAGAUGAAAGAAAAUCUAUCCUAGGCCCACCUCCUCACUUUUUUUUCCCUUUAAAAUACCAGCUAAACUAUAUUUCAGUGUUAAAUUGAGUCUUCUACAAUGUUAAAAUAAUGACAAAUGGAAUACAAUUCAUCUAAGGAUUUUCUUAAUACAGAAGUUGCAAACAAGAACUUAUUGUUGUGGUUGAACUUUAUUUUGCACUAUAAAAAAUCUUUAAUACUUCCAGAAACUUUUUUUUAAAUCAGUACAGGACAGAGUGAUGUCAUAACUGGAACUCUUAAAGUGCCAAAUGGGAACUGCUCUGUAACUAAAACCAAAGAUUUCUAGACUUCUGUCUAAAAAAUUUGCAAGUGUAAGAUGUAUUGCCCUUUACUUUCUCUCCACUGAUAAGAACCAAGUGCCAGAGAAGAAGAAAGUUCGCCUGUCUACAAACUGCUCAGACACAU